CGCGUUUGUCUGUGCCCUUGAAGCCGCAGCCCCUCCCACGGCGAGUAGAGGCAACGCCCAGCACGAAGCACGGUUGGUUCAGACAGAACCUGCAAGCGGCCCCCGCGGAACCUCGAUCUGUGCUCUGAGGCUCUGAGCAGUGCGGACGCUGUCCCUGCUGGCUGCUGCAGCUGUGACUGUUGGGAGGCGGAGGCGGAGUCGUGCGCGCCAGGUGUUCGACGAGGUGCCGCAACCAUGUUAACGCCAUUGCGCGUGUUGCUGCGGUGCCGUCGGCCGCCGAUCCGCGCCGCCGCCACGUUCUUUACCAGCUCGGGAAGCGCACCCCUCGCGCCUCCUCCUGCGCCUGUGGAGACCGCUGAUGAGUCGGAGCAGGAGGGGUCGCUGGCGCAACGGGUGGAGCGGGCGGCGUCGGCGUGCGCGGCCAUUCGGGGGUGGAUGGCCGCCGGCCGCGCUGUGCAUCGCGGCCACAUCUUCCACGCCAUCAACCGCCUCCGACGCCGCCGCCUCCAUCGCACCGGACUCCAGGUCAUGGAAUGGGUGAUCAGAGAGAGACCCUACAAGCUGAGUGAGCUUGAUUACUCCUAUCUCCUAGAGUUCACAGCUAAAGUUCAUGGCAUUUCUGAAGCCGAGAGCCUCUUCCUCCGUAUACCUCAAGAAUUCCGGAAUGAGCUGCUCUACAAUAACCUUGUAAUGGCUUGUUUGGAGCAGGGCUUGAUUAAGCUUUCAUAUGGUUACAUGAGGAAGAUGAGGGAACUGUCCCUGCCAAUUUCGCCGUAUGUAUACAACCGCUUGAUCAUCCUCCAUUCUUCUGAGGGGCGUAGGAAGACUAUCUCCAAAAUCCUCGCUCAGAUGAAAGCCAGUAGAGUGACCCCCCACACCUCAACCUACAACAUCUUGCUGAAAAUACAGGCCAAUGAGCACAAUAUUGAUGGGGUGGCGAGGGUGUUCAGUGAUAUGAAAAGAGCAAAGAUUGAGCCAAAUGAGAUCACUUAUGGCAUUCUAGCAAUUUCACAUGCUGUAGCAAGGCUAUAUACUGUUUCCCAGACAUACAUAGAAGCCAUCAAGAAUUCUAUGACAGGUACUAACUGGUCUACACAGGAAAUUCUUCUUAUCUUGUAUGGGUACCUUGGAAAGGAACAUGAGCUAAAGAUGACGUGGAAGCUCAUGCAAUGCCUUCCUCAUAUUCGAUCCAAAAGCUUUACACUAGCAAUUGAAGCAUUUGGAAAGGUUAGCUGUGUUGAGCAGGCAGAAGAGAUUUGGCGAGAGAUCAAAUCAACAAGGAAGCUAAAGCUUACAGAACAGUUCAAUUCCAUGUUAUCAGUUUACUGCAGGCAUGGCCUUGUGGAUAAAGCAGCGGCCGUGUUCAAAGAAAUGAGAGCAAGUGGUUGUCAACCAAAUGCUAUUACGUAUCGUCACUUGGCAUUGGGUUGCUUGAAAGCAGGUCUUGUGAAACAAGCUGUGAACACAAUGGAUAUGGGAAAAAAGGAAGUUGUCACAAGGAAGGUGAAAAGUUCAACACCAUGGUUGGAGACCACUCAUUUAUUGCUUGAAAAUUUUGCAGAGAUUGGUGACUUGGAAAAUGCGAAGAAAGUUUUUGCAGAACUGAAUGAAUCAAAGUACUGUAGAAAUUCCUUUGUGUAUAAUACCCUUCUAAAAGCUUAUGUUAAAGCAAAAGUUUAUGAGCCAGAUUUUGUAAAGACGAUGAUUUUGAGAGAUGCAAUGCCUGACGCCGAGACACACAGCCUUCUGAGACUGAUUGAACAGUACAAGACAUGAUACUGUCCAUACAGUAACCAACUGCUGGGGCUUUGAAGGAUUAGGAUGAAAAGGAAACAUCAGUGCUAAGUUGAGCCAUUUCUUCUGCACACGAUGCAUUCAAUCGUCAUUUGACUGUGGAAGUGGUACAUGAACAUGUGCACAAUCCAAUUGAUGAAUGCACCUUCUUUGGUAUCCAAGCAGGUUGUCCAAAACUUGCAUGGCCAAAAUAUCGAAACUGGUGUUUCCUUGGUGUAUGAGUUGCAUAAAACAAUCAGCUAGGUCAACGAGUCUUCGAUAGAAUGUAAAGUUUUUUUUUAUUGCCAUUUUGAUUUUGUUUCUGUAAACAUUGCAAGAGAUCUGCAUUUCACUUAAAACUAGACUAGAAGGGUCCAAGGGAAAUUACACCAGUCGCUGGACAAACACUUCCAAGAAAAAUUACAAACUCAGCAUUUUUACAGUUACGGCGAGACUAGAUAGACAUGUUACAUGUACUGAAGAUAUUGUACUACCCAUAACAGUAUUUGUAGCUCUCUAUUGCUACGUUGUUCCCAGGUGCUGGUCACAAAAUGAGCAAUCAUGUGCAUAUCCAGGAGCAGUCUGGCAUUUUUGCAGAGGUUUGCACAUGGACAAGGU